ACGGUUUGAACUUCGAAGUUUUCUCCGGAGUUAUUUUACAGGCUGACGUUCAUUGUCAAUUUCUGCGAGUCUCAAUUAUUUUCCCUCUCUUCAAAUGAAAAUUGAACUGAACGAAGUAAUCAGUAAUCUCAAGCAUGGAUACAAAUGUUUCUCUCACGUCAAGAGGGUUUCAGCUUCUGGGUUCCAGAUAUCGGUGGCUGGUGUUUUUGGUGUUGCUGGUUUGGUUUUGGCUUUAUUAAGAGACCGCAGCUUGGGGCAUUUAGUUCCUUUACCUUGGUUGGCUCAAAGAGAAAAUCGUCUUGAGAAGCUCUACUUAGUUCCCGGCUUGCAAAAUCUUGGCAAUAAUUGCUUUUUGAAUGUUAUAUUACAGG